GCUGCAUACUGACAGAAAAUACUCAAAAUUUGAAAUAUUAGCGCUGGAAAAAACAAAUGAAAAGAACCUGCCGUGAUGUCUGUCACCGCGACAGAUAAACAAGUUUCGACCGCCGUAUUUUCAAAAGGGAUGGAAUUUCAUUCGAAACAUCGAAAAUUAUUCAAAACUAAAAAUUCUGUUCGUACUCCUGCAGCCCCAAAGCCACGACUAAGCAAGAAGAAGGUAGUUCUACGGAAGCGGAAAUGCGUGUGUUUGCCAGAAAAUUAUUCAGUAGUAGAGUUCCCUGCAAUUUGGAAUGAGCUGCGCCAGAAUGGGCAGCUGUGCGACGGCACCAUCAUGUGCCGGGACCUUAAAUCAAUACGCGUGCACCGAGCCAUUCUGUCAGCCGUUAGUCCCUACUUCAAAGCGUUAUUUAUAAAUUCCCUUAAGAAGGGAGAGCAAGAAGAAACGGAAAUUUUCGUAGACGUUCCUAGCAUUUACAUGUCUCUAAUACUAGACUACGCCUACACAGGGACUUGUGCAGUAACUGUAGAAAAUGUGGAGCACUUACUCCCAUAUGCAGAUCAAUUUGACGUCGUCGGAGUUAUUCAGCUAUGCUGCCAGUUCCUGUUGCAUGAGUUGAGACCUCACAACUGCCUAGGGAUAUUCAAAUUCGCUAAGUAUUACUUCUGCGGUGAAUUAGAGAAGAAAGGGAAGUUGUAUAUAAGGCAGAACUUUAAUAGAGUACUUAAGGAGUGCAAUGAAUUUAAGUCGCUUUCGUUCGAAGAGUUAGAGGACAUAUUGAGGGACGACGAGUUGAAUGUUCGAAACGAGGAGAUCGUGUUCCAAGCGGUGAAGACAUGGGUGGAGCACGAUUUGGAGAAUAGACGAAAGCACAUUCCGUCGUUACUGUCUUGUAUUAGAUUUGGUCAUAUAAGCUAUAAUUACUUUAAAUCGAAAAUAUUGCAGUGGCAGCCAGUUAUUGACGAUGAUAAAUGUCAAGAGUCGCUGUACCCCGCCGUGGUGUUUCUCACCGUGUUGGACUCCCGACCGGGGACCGAAGCAGACCUAAACGACCCGUUGGCGAGACCUCGCAUCCCGUAUGAGGUCCUAUUUGCCGUGGGAGGUUGGAGCGCCGGAAGUCCUACGAGUUUUGUGGAGACUUACGAUACGAGGGCUGACCGCUGGUUCCUCUCAAUCCACAUGGACCUCACACCGCGCGCGUACCACGGGCUCUGCACGCUCAACAACCUGAUCUACAUGAUCGGCGGAUUCGAUGGCAGCGACCAUUUCAACACGGUCCGGUGUUACGACCCCGUGGCCAAUACGUGGCAUGAGCGGGCCUGCAUGUAUCAGGCGAGGUGUUACGUCAGCGUGGUGGCGCAUGAUGGCCUUAUCUACGCCCUCGGGGGCUACAACGGGCGCACUCGCAUGGCGUCCGUGGAGCGCUACUACCCCGACAAGAACCAGUGGGAGAUGACCACCCCCAUGAACAAGCAGCGGUCGGACGCCAGCGCCGCCUCUCUUGGCGGUAAGAUCUACAUAGUAGGCGGUUUCAACGGGCAAGAAGUCCUCAGUUCAGCCGAGAUGUUUGACCCGGACACCCGACAAUGGACCCUUAUACGGCCCAUGCUGAGUCCCCGCUCCGGCGUCAGUCUUAUCGCGUACCGGGACUGUCUAUAUGCCCUGGGAGGAUUUAAUGGCUACAGCAGACUAAAUACGGUGGAACGCCUGAACCCACACCCCGGCAGCGACUGGCUGAUUGACUGGCAGGAGGUGACAGAGAUGUUCAGCGCGAGGAGCAACUUCGCUACGGUUCUACUAGACGAUAUGAUCUUCGUCAUCGGUGGAUUUAAUGGUUCAACCACCAUCCCCCACGUGGAAUGCUACGACGGCGACACCCACGAGUGGUACGACGCGGCUCCCAUGAACCUCAAUCGCUCUGCUUUAAGUGCCUGUGUGAUAGCCGGCCUGCCUAACGCCCGAUCUUUCUCUUACCUGGCUAAAGCUGUGCCAGCGGCAGGGGCGGACCAGGCACACCAUUCUUAAACCGCAAUACCAAUUGGCGUCUGAAGUCAUAUUCAUAUCUCUUUCAUGUUUGUUCAGAUCCAUCGCUAUUGAGAGGGAUGGCAGUAUAAGUUCAGUCGCCACUUGGUACUGCAUAUAGCAAGGACAUCAACCUUCCCGAACCAUUUAGGUUUUAGAUGACAGGGUGUCCUGGAAAAUUGUCUGGAGCUUGAGGUAAAUAAAUAUACAUACAUGGUGGCGAAAAAAUAAGUGCAUUCCCGUUGCCAGGGAGGUUUUGCGAUUAUACUGAGCAACUUUUACGAUGGGACCAACCCCGAGAUCGCGAAAAAUAUAGAAAAUGGACCAGCUAAAAUGUAUAACUAUAUGAAACAGCCAAAUUCUUUUUUCGCGAUUUCGGAGUUGGUCCCAUAGUAAAAGCUCAGUAUAAUCCCAAAACCUCUCUGGCAACGGGAAUGCACUUAUUUUUUGGCCACCCUGUAUGGGGACGUCAUCUUGAUAUUGCAGAACUGCUUUCGCUAUCAUAAUAAUUCGACUAAUAUCGAGCAAGUAGGUUAACCGAUCUGUCAUCGAAGAGUUUUUAGAGACCGACAAAAACUUAGAAAAUAGUAUCAGCUAAAAAUGUCCAAAGCAUUGGUUUUGUGAUUGGUUCUCAAUGAGGGAAGGUUGGUGGAAUGUGGAUAGUUCCUACAUUCUGGUUUUCUAGUUUUAACGAUCAUUUACAACUCAUAUAACCGUCGUGUGAUAAGAAUGGCUUUAUGCCGAUAAAUACUGGCUGUUAUGUGGUUUAUAACUGAUAAACGUAAAUUUAAAAUGGAAGGACGAUUGGAGGGGUUUUGGAGGAAAUUUGUCUGUUAAGGGAUUGCACGAAAGCGGCUUAGUAUUGUAAUGUACCUGAUGUCUGUGAUAUUCAUAUUUUGAUUGUCUGGUCAGCGGGGUAAGAAUAGGGAACAUGUAAGAUUUCCUCAAGGCUCCAUACUUACUUGAAUAGGUGCAAUUAUGUACCUAUUUCUCUUAUCCUGAAGAAAUAAAAGUACCUUAUUCUUACUUCAUUGACUAAGUGUUUUGUGUAAGUUCUAUUGUUGUAUCAUAAAUCAUGUUAAUGUGGUAGUAUAAUAAUGUUAUUGUACCUAUUGUACAGAUCAGAAUCGCUUCUUUGUAUUUUAUUGUUUUUAAUAACGUGGAAAUCGAGGUCUAUUUUAGAGAUCUUUUAAAAAAAUCAUUGUAAAUUUUCCAGUUUUCUAGUGCGUGUUAUUUGUGACACAUUUUAUUUGGUAUUUUUGUAUAGUUCGCGUCCAUCGCUCAAAUCACUGGUCGCGUUUUCGAUGUAUGUAUUAUGGUUGGCCGUCGGUGGCCUGGGUGUGACUAAUUGUGGUGGUCUCUAGGCGCGGAAUCCUUAACAUCACCUGAAUUAUGUUCUUAUUGAAUCUCUAGAUUUAACCAUAUAAAGGUGCAUCCGCACCGCUGUUAACUUCUAUAGAGUAUGGAGCAACACUGUGCAACAGUACCUAAGUGACUAGGUAAGUAACCUACCUAAUGAGUAAUGUGUUACCAUGUUGCCCCACAAAAGUUUACUGCGGUGUGGUUGCACCUAUAAAGAUUGACAGUGAGGUCAAAAAGUUUAACAUAUGUAACAAGGCAUAUUAUGGAACACCUUGUAUGACCGUCAAGAGACCUACCUGUGGUAGUACAAAUGCAGAAUAAAAUUAUAAAAAAUGAAAAAUUAUUUCUAGUAUUUAAUAAAAAUUUACUGUACCCGACUGAAAGAUGAUAAAUUGACAAAUAAAGAAAAACAUUACAGGUA